AUGGAUGCCUUGAACUGGUCAGAGGAGACCUCAGUGGCAGUAGUCCAGGCCCCGCCCCCGGCCCUCCCUGCGCCCGGCCGGUGCGCGGGGAGGUCGGAGGAGCGGGCACUGCCCACCCUCCGGAUGUAUAAGCGUCCUGGCCAGAGGCCGGUGGUGCGCGCGGGUGCGCGUGACACUCGGGCUCCCGGGCUGCACGGCCUGGGCGGCGUCCCUCUGCUCCGGGUCCCCAGCCACGACAGUGAGCCGGCUGAAGGGGGCUGGGGGGGUGCUUGCUGGGCUGGGUCCCGUUCCGCCGCGCUGAGGAACGGACGACGCCACAGCUCCGGGCUUGUCCGCCUGUGGCCAGUGCUGGAGCCUGAACUGCCCUCUCCUCACCCAGGUGCAGGGGCAGCCAGGGAGGAGGAGGCGGGAGGGGCCGAGGGCAGGGGGCUGGAGGCUGUGAGUGGCAUCGCAGGCCCCCGCCCCCGGGUCCCGUGGGCUGGGCCGGCCUCGGUGCGGCUGGGUGCACGCAGUCGGAGGCGGCGCCGGCCAGGCCGCCCGGGCGCCUAUGGACGCGCGGAGCCCGCUGUCUCCCCGGGCCAGCGCGUUCAGCAUCGCCUCUCUGGUUGCAGCAGAGGUCGCAGAGCGCACCGUUCGCCUGGGCCCCGGGUCCUCCGACCAGGCGAAGCUCCACCGGCUGUUGGGAUCCCCGGCCGGGAUGCACUUCAGCACCGUCACCAGGGACAUGGAAGGCGCAUGUUCCCCACGUUUCAAGUGAAGCUCUUCGGCAUGGACCCCAUGGCCGACUACAUGCUCCUCAUGGACUUCGUUCCAGUGGACGACAAGCGCUACCGGUAUGCCUUCCACAGCUCCUCCUGGCUGGUGGCCGGGAAGGCGGACCCUGCCACACCAGGCCGUGUCCACUACCACCCUGACUCGCCUGCCAAAGGUGCACAGUGGAUGAAGCAAAUUGUGUCCUUCGACAAGCUCAAGCUGACCAACAACCUGCUGGAUGACAACGGCCAUAUUAUUCUCAACUCCAUGCACAGAUACCAGCCCCGCUUCCACGUUGUUUAUGUGGACCCACGCAAAGAUAGUGAGAAAUAUGCUGAGGAGAACUUUAAAACCUUUGUGUUUGAGGAGACUCGCUUCACUGCGGUCACUGCCUACCAGAACCACCGGAUCACGCAGCUCAAGAUCGCCAGCAACCCCUUCGCCAAAGGCUUCCGAGAUUGCGAUCCGGAGGACUGGCCCCGGAACCACCGGCCCGGCGCGCUGCCGCUUAUGAGCGCCUUCGCGCGCUCGCGGAACCCCGUGGCCUCCCCCACGCAGCCCAACGGCGCAGAGAAAGACGUGGCCGAGGCUCGACGAGAAUUCGAGCGCGACGCGGGCGGACCGGCCGUGCUCGGGGACCCGGCGCACCCGCCGCAGCUGCUGGCACGGGUGCUGAGCCCCGCACUGCCCGGGGCCGGCGGCGCCGGCGGCCUCGUCCCGCUGCCCGGUGCGCCCGGAGGCCGGCCCAGCCCUCCGCACCCCGAGCUGCGCCUGGAGGCGCCCGGCGCGUCGGAGCCGCUGCACCACCACCCCUACAAGUACCCGGCUGCCGCCUACGACCAUUACCUCGGGGCCAAGAGCCGGCCGGCGCCCUACCCGCUGCCCGGCCUGCGCGGCCACGGCUACCACGCGCACACGCACGCGCACCCGCACCACCACCACCCCGCCGUGAGUCCGGCAGCCGCCGCUGCCGCCGCCGCCGCCGCCGCCGCCGCCGCAGCCGCCAACAUGUACUCGUCGGCCGGGGCCCCGCCUCCCGGCUCCUACGACUACUGCCCCAGAUAA